AUGUCAGACCCCCAAGAAACCUCCGACCCCUCCACCUUCCUCGGCGAGAUAAUCGGCGCCCCCAUAACUGUGAAGCUCAACUCGGGCGUCGAGUACAAAGGUGCCAAUCCUUCUACGUCCCGGGGGUAUGUUGUCGAGCUAAUGUUUCCCGUUGCCGGCGGCUUGAUAGGUGAAUUGUCGUCGGUGGACGGGUACAUGAAUAUUGCGCUGGAGAAGACGGUGGAGUACGUUGGGGGGCAGGUGAGGAAUAGGUAUGGGGAUGUGUUUAUCCGGGGGAAUAAUGGUGAGUUUUGGUCCCCCGAUUAUGGGGAGAUGGGAGGGAUGGCUGAUGUGGGGGGAGGGGGUGGAUAGUGUUGUAUAUUUCUCAAGAUGCCACGUGAUGGUGGAUACGGGGGAUGGGGUAGGUUGGAAUUAUAG